AUGAUAGAUGCUUUGGAAGAUUCGGGAGCAGAGAGUUCGAUCAUAUCAAGUCAUUCUAUCUCACCAACAUUCGCACAUCGCGAUGAUGAAAGCAUGGCUGAGGAGGAGCCUAGUCGUGUAACCGUCGUAGCAGAACACUGUGGAGCAAUGAGUGUCUCUAUGAUAAUGCAAACAUGUCUAAGUGUGCUUAGUCGUCUUGUCGACUGUCACACUGCGGAAGAAGAGGGAUUCAUCCACCAGGAUACUCGUUAUCCGAAGUAUGGACGCCUUACGCACUUUGAAGGCUCAAGCGUCAGUCCGAUUAGUUCCAUCAAACGGCGGCUAUGUGAAGACCAAAACUUGCGGCUUUUAGUUGGACUUUUGGACUGCCCGAAUCGUAUUGUCUUCAAAAAGUGCCUUGGCUUGAUCCGACUUCUCGUUCGGCACAAUGAGGCAAUCAUUCCAAACCUUCACGCCUCUGGUAUCUUUUACUACUUACUCCGGUUUUCGAAGGACGUGGAGGAAAUGUCAGUCGCUGCGCGUCUAAUCUCUCACAUUCAUCUGAGGCAAGCUGAUCUCGACCUUGCGCAUGUCGCUGAUGACAAACAAGAGGGAGCAAAUAAAAAAGGCGUGUUCUCUCCAGACCCAUUGACUCGUAUAUGCCUAAGGAGUUGGUUGGUGCGAGUUUUACCUGUUUCGAUGGUUGCUCAGCUGUUGCGCCAUGGACCCAAACAAUUUGCUACAGCACUAUUCUCGGAUGCAAACAGUCCUGAAGUGGUCUGGAAUGCAAAGAUGCGUGAUCAAAUGGUGUCAUACAUUGAAAAAUUUAUGGAAGUUCAUACAGAUGACAACGGCGUAUUUUAUAUUUCAGAGACCGAAGGUUCAGAACACAAGUCUUGCACUGCGCUAAUUCAGUAUCCGAAAGAAGUUCAUGCACUACAGUGCUAUCAAUACUACCUGCACAACCUUCUUGAUGAAGAAAAUUUUCCCGGCUGGCGGAUAAAUAAUGAAUCUGCUUUUUUGCGCUCGUUGCUGGAUUCAAUUCACCGUUGGAUGCACCCAGAACUGUUGCUGACAUUUCGCGGAGCAUUAGCAAGUGAGGGUCAAUCUGCUAAAGUUCUAUCUGUUUCUGACGCAGUGGAGUUGUUCGAUGCCACAGCGCUACUCUUACGUCGUUUUCCCGACUCUCCGAACAUCACAAAACUGCCAGACUUUUCAUACCUUUUGGAAGCACUGGAAAGAUGUAUAUCAGAGCUGAAAGAGAACCGCAGUGGUUCUACUAAGACGCUUUCUAAUAUUUCGAACGCUAUCACAACAAAACCCACAUAUGUUAAGGCUUUUGCGAGCGCCAUUCGUGUAAUCAAUCUGGCUGUUGGAUUAUCGGACGACAAUGCUCAUAGUUGUAGCUCUGGUUUGGGACUUCGCGUAUUGUGCAGCUCACUACAAUUCCUUUUUCAUAACCAUGAGAAUUUGGUUCGAAUCGACGGGUGUUCGCCGACUUUGAUGACACAUUGGGUGCUUGAAGCUUUGGCAAACGUCCUGAAUCAGCCAAAUGGACGGGUAUCAGCAGCGGCGCAAUCUAUCGACUUGUUGCCUUGCUUAACUCGCUACCUCUUGCAAGAAGGUGAUGUGUUGGCUACAGAUUUUUCACUACAAAUUGUGAGCGAUAUGGCUAGAAGUUCAGGGGAAAUCGCUGAGAUGUUGUUGCUACAGUUAGCAGAUCACGGAAUCCUAUGGUACUUGACGCUAUUAUUGUUCCAUUACAAGCCAAACGGUGAAGGUAGUGAUAACGAAACGCAGCGCAUAAGUAUUGGCGCAGCAAAAGCACUCUGUCGAAUAUUAGAAGCCAACGCGAGAGAGGAGACUAUUGCUGUGUUUGUUCGAAACAUGCAAGCCACAAUCGAACAGAUAUUUACUCGUCCCUUAGUCGAAAUUUUGCGACGAGCAGGACCGAUCAAGAUGUUAGAUGUGUUGGUGUCUGAAGUUCGCGAGCCGCACGUGAUGUGGACUGAGCGUAUGCGGAGGGAAUUGGCAAGCCUUGCUCGUUGUGCAAUCCAAUUCCAUACAGAUAUGAAACAGAGUGAUAAGGAGGAGCACCAUUUGUUCGAAUUGCCGCACUAUUUCAUGUACACGGCACAAAAGGAAGAAUUGUGCGUAGCGGGCAUUUACGUCAAUUUCUUUAAUGAUAAUCCAAAGAACGGCAUCCUUUCACAGAUUGCCGGACCAAUAAAUGGCAAUGAGUCUCGUGCAGACAUGUACAAAUCUAAGCCAACAAACAAGAAAGACAUUCAAGCUACAGCAACAGCCGCAGUGGGGCUAGAAAAUCGCUCCGUUAGCGGACUUGUCAUGCAUGGUCUACUAGCAGCGCUGUCUUACGACAUAUCAUGCGCUCGCGCACAGCCUAAGACACUAGAGAGCUUGUUGCUUCAACGAUUGCUGCCUAUAGCUACGGCGAUUCGAAAUUUAUUGCAGUAUACACCUGAUAUGGAUGUCCAGAUCGUACAAGCAGAUGGGUUACUUACUCUUUUGUUUGUACUGGACCACGAGACACAACCUCAAGGAUUUUCCUUUGCAAGCGCACCACUUUUGUUGCUUCGUUGCAUGGAAUGCUUACACAUGCUGUCAUUCAGUGGCAAGGUUGUCGAUUCUUUAGCGACGGUUGUACCUCCAUUUAUCAAGAGCUUGUUUCAGGUUGUGUAUAAAAACUUGGCACGAACAGAAGCUUCGACUGAAGGUCAAUUGGCUCGCGUGACAUUACAACUGCUAGGAAAUCUGUGUUUAAUUCCUGCUUGCAUCGACAAUCUUGUGAAAGGAAUGGAUCCAGCAAGUCUAUCCAAUCUACUUCCGCACGUUUGGCUCGGCGACUCGACAGAGAUGCAGCUGCUGCUGUGCUUACAUAUGAUUCCUCUUAAGCGGCAUACACAAGCUGCCACAGAAUUUGCCAAGGCUGCUGUAAGCUCGCAACUCGCUGCAGCAUUACUAAACUUGCUCUCUACACUUGUGCCAAAGUCUAAGGUUGGUGAGAGCACUACAACUAAGCAGUAUGCGGCACGAUUUCUGUCGGUUUUGUCAUCAAAUCCUGGCAGUGGUGGCGCCAUUUCUAGUUUGCUUAUUGCUUCUAGAGUUUGGGAAACCCACGGCGAUACAACUCAAGCGACAUCCGAAGACCUUCGCCGAUUACUAAUACCUCCCCACGCGCCCGCACUGCUAAAGGCGUCUCAUGCGAACCCGUAUAAGGUAGGCUAA